AUGAGUGGAAUUGCGAAUGCCUGUCUGUCUUGCUUUUCAGCAGUAGACCGAUGGUGUCAUAUCACUGCGUGUCUCGGUCCCAUCGGAGCUCGAUCUCGAGACGGUAUCUACGAAACCACUCUGGCCGAUAAUGAGCGAGAAGCGGUAUCAGAUCUUCUGGGCUACUUGGAGAACCGCGCGGAGACCGACUUCUUUCACGGCGAGCCACUGCGAGCUUUGAGUACCCUGGUUUACUCCGAAAAUGUCGACUUGCAAAGAAGCGCUAGCUUGACCUUUGCUGAGAUCACAGAACGAGAUGUGCGCGAGGUCGAUCGCGAUACACUCGAACCUAUCCUCUUCCUACUUCAAAGCUCAGAUAUCGAAGUCCAACGAGCUGCCAGUGCAGCGCUGGGCAAUCUCGCCGUAAAUGGUCUUGAUCGUCACCCUCGGGGGCUGGCUCCCCUGAUUCGCCAGAUGAUGUCGCCCAAUGUUGAGGUACAGUGCAAUGCGGUUGGAUGUAUCACCAAUCUCGCGACGCAUGAGGAGAAUAAGGCCAAGAUUGCUCGCUCUGGUGCUCUAGGUCCGCUCAUUCGCCUGGCCAAGUCGAAGGAUAUGCGUGUCCAGCGAAAUGCGACGGGCGCACUGCUUAAUAUGACCCAUUCCGAUGACAAUCGACAGCAACUUGUCAAUGCCGGCGCCAUUCCCGUGCUCGUGCAUCUCCUCUCAUCCCCCGACGUUGACGUUCAGUACUACUGCACAACAGCUCUUAGCAAUAUCGCCGUUGACUCGACGAAUCGCAAGCGACUUGCCCAAACCGAGUCGCGCCUCGUCCAAUCAUUGGUUCAUCUUAUGGAUUCUUCCACCCCGAAAGUCCAAUGCCAAGCGGCGCUCGCCCUGCGCAAUCUCGCCUCUGAUGAGAAAUACCAGCUUGAAAUCGUUCGGGCAAAGGGUCUUUCUCCACUACUACGACUUCUACAAUCCUCCUACCUUCCUCUCAUCCUAUCCGCCGUCGCUUGUAUCCGCAAUAUUUCCAUUCAUCCUCUUAACGAAUCCCCGAUUAUCGAAGCGGGCUUCUUGAAGCCGUUGGUGGAUCUCCUAGGGUCGACUGACAACGAAGAGAUUCAAUGUCACGCUAUAUCCACGCUUCGAAACCUUGCUGCUAGCUCCGAUCGCAACAAAGAACUUGUUUUGCAGGCCGGAGCAGUACAGAAGUGCAAGGACUUGGUCCUCCGUGUUCCCCUUACAGUCCAAUCCGAGAUGACUGCUGCAAUCGCUGUGCUGGCUCUCAGCGAAGAGCUGAAGCCGCACCUUCUCAACCUAGGAGUCUUUGAUGUCUUGAUUCCUCUGACUAACUCCGAAAGCAUUGAGGUGCAAGGUAACAGCGCGGCUGCUUUGGGCAAUUUGUCGUCGAAAGUUGGCGAUUAUUCGAUGUUCGUUCGCGACUGGGCAGACGCCAAUGGUGGCAUCCAUGGCUACCUUCACCGCUUCCUUGCCAGCGGAGAUCCAACAUUCCAGCACAUUGCCAUCUGGACCCUCCUCCAACUGCUUGAGUCCGAAGACCAGAAGCUCAUUGGAUAUAUUUCACGAUCCGAAGACAUCGUUCACUUGGUCAAGGUUAUCUCUGACAAGAAUAUCGAGUCGGAUGAAGAAGAUGUGGAUGACGGCGAGGGUGAAGUCAUUACGCUCGCCCGUCGCUGCCUUGAGCUGGUUGGAGCUGGUCCUAAGCAGACCCUGGUGGAAGCUUGA